AUGCUUCGUUACACAGGCAAUUUUCGUACCGACACAGCCAUUUCUGGCAACCGUACAGGCCAAGAGCGCGUCCUGCAACGAUGGCAACCCGAUGCCCCGGAUACCGAGGACCACAGCCUCGAGAAAGCCAGCGGUGGCGGCUCCUGGGAUCAGUUCAAAGCCAACGAAAAGCUCUUUGGCUUGAAGACAGACUACAACGAGAACUUCUACACCACACAGAUUGAUAAGAGCCACCCGAAAUACCGGGAGAGAAUUGUUGCAGCUGAGCGAACGGCCAAACAGAUCGAGUCUAGUGUUGCGAGCACAUCACAUGUUGCCGAGGAGAGAGUGAUGGACUUUGUUGGCGGUGCCGAUAAUGGCGAUGAAGAAGACAAAUACAGCGGUGUCAAGCGUCAGCAGCAACUGGCGAAUGACUUCCCUCCCCUUGGCGGUAGUAGGGAUAACAAAUACACACCACCAGCUCGCAGAGCACCGACCGGCUCGGCCACCGUCAAGGGCGCUCCUUUUGAUCCAGCAAUUAUCUCUUCCCAACUAAAGUCCAAUACACCACCAACCACGAACCCUUCUGAUGAGAACAAGGCACGUGCAACGUCAAAUGAGUCGAUCGCUCCCGCUGUGCCAGCUAUAUCCAAGCUGCCUACCGAUGUGAAGCCAGAGCAGACACCCGAGGCGUCCCAGACACCCGCUGCGGACAAGACCACCGCGCAGACUGCUACUCCGCUCAAGCCCUCCGCUGCUACAAGUCGAACUAUAUCUCCACAAGCAAAGGAAGGUGUGGCAGUCCCUAGUGCAACGUCGACUGUAGAGCGUGACGUAUUGAAUUCCUUCAAAGCGUUCGCCAACCAGCAACGGACGGUCGCCGAAAAGCAACGCAGCACGAAGGCAAGGGCCGACAAGGAGGUGAAGCUGAUCGAGCUGAAGAAAUUCGCCUCCAGCUUUAAGCUUCCUACCCCUGUCCCUGUUGAUUUAAUUGGAAUUAUUGCCAAGGAUCCUGCCAAACAGAAGGCAAUCCAAGAGAAAGCAGCCCGGGAUGCUGCCGAAUGCCAACGACGCAAGGUUGAAGAAAAGGUUGCUCAGGAGAAGAAACAGCCUGCUACUACCAGCGAAAGUCAGCCGAGCACAAGUGCUCAGGGCACUUCAGGUGAUCGAGCACGCCCAACAGGCGCAUCUUCUUCAUCUAAUCAGCCAGCCCCAGCAGCCGCUCGUCACUCUGGGCCCCGCCCGGGCAGUUUUGUCCCGGCCCCUUAUCAACAAUUCAGAAACGGAGCCCAGCAUAUGGGACAGGCUGGGGGCCGUCAGACUCAGGGUUUAGCAGCUCGCAUUCGCGGAAAUGCCGAGAAUCAGAAAUUGGGUGACAUGCGCCAACCCCCUACUGGCCCAGCUAAUGCAGUUGAUCCAUCCUAUCUUCGCCGCGGCGGACAGAGCCAACUGGGCAACAAGCUGAAUCCCAACAGUAACGAAUUCCGCCCAAACGCCUUUGCUCCGACAUUCACACCUAAUGGUCAUCACCCAAGCGUUGGCUCGAGCCCCAGAUCUACGUUGAACAACGCCGUCGAGUCUCAUGCCGUACCCGGCAGCGCCGGUGCCGUUGUCUUCAUUACCCGGAAGAAGACUGCUCCGAACCCCAAGAAGUGCGGUAUUCUGUCUUACAUCAAGGCUCAGCCUAAGCCUGAGGGAAAGAACUGGGCCGACAACGAUGGAUUCAAGCCCUCGUUCGACACUCCCCCCACAUGGCGCCAAGCGCAAGACGACGAGAAGCCUGACUCAACAAUGCGCCUGUCCUACCAUGAGUACUUCGAGCGACAGCCGUUUGCAACGCAGCGGACACCAGGCCCUUCUCAUGGUACACCGUUGCAUUUCGCACAUCAGUACCAGUUGCCCCCGCACAUGCAACAAGGUGCUCCUACCUCUGCAGCCCGAGCAUCUCCCCACGUUCCUCCAGCUUCAAUGCAUGCAGGACCGCAUGGACCGCUCCCCCAUGGCUCCUUUAAUGGAGCGGAUGACCAUAGAAUGAUGCACUCGAACUCGUCGCAAUCGUUUGCGGCUUCACCGCGCGUUGGUCCGGCUUAUCCCCAAGCCAUGAACGCCCCAUCUCAAGUGCCCUAUGGCCAGAACGGAAUGCAGUUCAUGCCAGGUACUCCUCAACAGAUGGGCGGCUUCAACAGGAGCUUUUCCAACAACACUGGGUAUAUGCCUCAGCAAAUGCCGGUCAUGAUCCAACCAGGAUUCAUGGCUCCUCAGGGUAUGUCAGGUGCACAAAUGCAGAUGUACCCAGGCGCUCCGCCGCAGUUCAUGCAUCCCGGAGCUGUGGCCCCCCAACCUAUCCCAGGAGCCAACGGUUACCCUAGUCCGGGACGUGGCGCGGCUCCGAUGAUGGUGCACCAGGGCUCUCAACAAGGUCAACAGAUUUAUGGCAUGAGCCCCAACGUUCAAUAUGGACAGCCAGCUUUCCCCCAGCAGCCCGGUCAAAGUGAGUAA